UUCCCAGCAUGCCGAGGUCACCGCGCCCAGAACCGACGUUCUACCACCUUCCCACCUCGAUCUCAGGCCCCCCAAAAUGGCGAAUGAGGCUGCGGGGACGCCCUGAACAGCGGAGGCGAACGUGCCGAGCCGCCGCGGCCCUUACAGUCCGGAACCUGAGUGGGCCUUGCCGUAGGGAUCAUGCACUUUUCCAUUCCUGAAACCGAGUCCCGCAGCGGGGACAGCGGCGGCUCCGCCUACGUGGCUUAUAACAUUCACGUGAAUGGAGUCCUGCACUGUCGGGUUCGCUACAGCCAGCUUCUGGGGCUGCACGAGCAGCUUCGGAAGGAGUAUGGGGCAAAUGUGCUUCCUGCAUUCCCCCCAAAGAAGCUUUUCUCUCUGACACCUGCAGAGGUAGAACAGAGGAGAGAGCAGUUAGAGAAGUACAUGCAAGCUGUUCGGCAAGACCCAUUGCUUGGGAGCAGUGAGACCUUCAAUAGUUUCCUGCGUCGGGCACAGCAGGAGACACAGCAGGUCCCCACAGAGGAGGUCUCCUUGGAAGUGCUGCUCAGCAAUGGGCAGAAAGUUUUGGUCAAUGUGCUAACUUCGGAUCAGACUGAGGAUGUCCUGGAGGCUGUAGCUGCAAAGCUGGAUCUUCCAGAUGACUUGAUCGGAUACUUCAGUCUCUUCCUUGUUAGAGAAAAAGAGGAUGGAGCCUUUUCUUUUGUACGGAAGUUGCAAGAGUUUGAGCUGCCUUAUGUGUCUGUUACCAGUCUUCGGAGUCAAGAGUAUAAGAUUGUGCUAAGGAAGAGCUUAGCCCCAUUACCCCUUUCCACCCCUUGGCCUCGCAGUUAUUGGGACUCUGCCUAUGAUGACGAUGUCAUGGAGAACCGGGUUGGCCUGAACCUGCUUUAUGCUCAGACUGUAUCAGACAUUGAGCGUGGGUGGAUCCUGGUCACUAAAGAGCAGCACCGACAGCUCAAAUCUCUACAAGAGAAGGUCUCCAAGAAGGAGUUCCUGCGUCUGGCCCAAACUCUGCGCCACUAUGGCUACCUGCGCUUUGAUGCUUGUGUGGCUGACUUCCCAGAGAAGGACUGUCCUGUGGUGGUGAGUGCAGGCAACAGUGAGCUCAGCCUUCAGCUCCGCCUGCCUGGCCAGCAGCUUCGUGAAGGCUCCUUCCGGGUCACCCGCAUGCGAUGUUGGCGGGUCACCUCCUCUGUGCCGCUGCCCAGCGGAAGUACGAAUAGCCCAGGCCGGGGCCGCGGUGAGGUGCGCCUGGAACUGGCUUUUGAAUACCUCAUGAGCAAGGACCGGCUACAGUGGGUCACCAUCACCAGCCCCCAGGCUAUCAUGAUGAGCAUCUGCUUGCAGUCCAUGGUAGAUGAACUGAUGGUGAAGAAAUCAGGGGGCAGUAUAAGGAAGAUGCUGCGCAGGCGCAUGGGAGGUACCCUGAGACGCUCAGACAGCCAGCAAGCAGUGAAGUCUCCACCACUGCUUGAGUCACCUGAUGCCAGCCGGGAGUCCAUGGUCAAACUCUCAAGUAAGCUGAGUGCUGUGAGCUUGCGGGGAAUUGGCAGUCCCAGCACAGAUGCCAGUGCCAGUGAUGUCCACGGCAAUUUCGCCUUCGAGGGCAUUGGAGAUGAGGAUCUGUAAUUCCCACUGCUUGGAUGUCCACCCUCUACCCCAGAGGAAUUUACAGAAACUUGCCCUGUGCCUGUAGCCCCCAAGCUAGGGGGAGUCUUUUCCUUCUCUCUUCCUACCGAACCACCCCUUUUCUCCUCUUGGCCAGGGGCCACCUAACCCACCUCCCUCUCACCCUGGGCUGGCUGCACAAAGAAUCACCCCCUUUUUCACAGCUGGCCCUCAAUGCCAAAUUAACAUUUAGUAUUUUGCACAAAGUCUAAGGGACCAUGGGUACCUGCCUUGGGGAGGAACCACAGCUCCCCCCUGGGCUGCUUCUGGCUUCUGGGGGCCAUGGGCAAGGGGAUGGGCAGGUCUGUGUAUGGUCUGGCCCAGUUCCCCAUCAUUAAACUCAGCCUGACUGCUGCC